GCGAAUACUUAUAGCUACAGGGCUGUCCAGAAAAGUUCGAGCAGUCUACUCACACCCAGGACUAACUUGAGAUACAAAAGUUAAGCGUCCGAUAAUUAUCCAUCUAGUUUUAUUCAGCUCUGUUUCAUCAUCCCUAACCAAGCCCCGUUCGCGAACGAGUUUUGAUAUAUACCCCCUCCCCAGAAUUGUGACCCCUCCCCUAUUGCGGUCUACACACCCAUAUAUUAAACUCUAGUUCGCCAAACCAGCCGUGAUAGCCAACGAGUGGUAGACUCCACGACCUUCUUAACGUCCGAUCUACCCAUCUCCACCCACAAUGUCUGCAGUAGCGAAUAAAGUGCCUGACUCUGACCCGAACCCCACCGAGACUCGCGAGUCCGAGCCGCGCGCGCGUCACCGCCCUAGCUCGCUCGACCUUCGCUCGUCAAACUUGAUGCCGGGAAAAUCUAAGGAGGAUCUUGAGUCGUUUGCCCUUAAAAUUGUCUCACCGGGCCUCCCGCCGUUAAACCGCGUGCAGCAGUCAACCGUGACUCUCUCCAAGUCAAUCGAGCUCCAGCAGAAGCAUCUAAUUGCGCAGCGUACGAACGAGUCACCGAGCACGAGUACACUUCCGGAUCUCGAGUUGCCUAUGACCAAGCGCCUUCAGCGUGGCAAGUUGCCAGCACCACUUAACAUAGUGCAGGGCUACUCCCAGCCAAUAAUCCAGUCUGCGCCAAUCCGUUCCAGUACGAGCAUUCGCCAACAACAACAGCAAUACCUCCAGAUGUACCAGCAGAUGAAGGCGGGUUUCCCGGGUGCUACGGGCCCGUAUACGGGUGCCUAUUCGGGGGCUCGUCUGGCGCGCACGCCGUUACACUCAUCGCGGCGCACCGCGGCACGCGCCUACCCAUCGCCAUAUGCCCAAAUGUACCAGCACCAACAGCUUCAGCAAAUGCAGCUCCAGAUGCAGAACACAGCCCGUGCAGGUCAGAGAACCCCAAUUGUGGACGUGUUUUCGAACUCGACGAAGCGAUUUGCGCCGGGAAGCUCGCAGCCACUAUCCGCGCAGGGCGAGCGGUUCUCAUUCCGCACAGCACCCGAUUCAGCUCGCGAUGCGGUUGCGAGUCGCGAGUUGCCGGAUGAAGGUGACGAUGUCGAAAACGUGGCCAUUUCUCCAGAGGACGAAACCCCCACUCCUGCCCCCGACAAGAAGGUCAAACAUAAGGGAAAGAUUGUGCUUGAGUGCGGUGAGAGCGAGCAAGUGUUUGAAUUCGAGUUCCUGACGGAGCGCGAGCUGGGCGACAAGGCAAACUGGGAGAAAUGGCGCAAGGUGUGCGAAACCACGUGGAAUGAAUACGAGAAGAUGACCUAAAAGUACCAAGACUGGUGCGACUUUGUGUGUCUAGAUAUCAAGGUGUCUAGCAGUAAUGAAUACUUGUAACGAAU